UAUGACAUUUGUGCCCACACUUGCGGGUGCUUUGUCUCACUCAGGCGGGGAGACAAUCCCUUCCCCAAGAAUGCUGAUGGAACUAUUAGAUAUGACUCUAUCCACUAUAAGGAGACCUGGAAGGCUCUGGAGGCACUUGUGGCCAAGGGGCUGGUACGAGCACUGGGCUUGUCCAACUUCAGCAGUCGGCAGAUUGAUGAUGUUCUCAGUGUGGCCUCCGUGCGCCCAGCUGUCUUGCAGGUGGAAUGCCACCCAUACCUGGCUCAAAGUGAGCUCAUUGCCCACUGCCAAGCACGCGGCUUGGAGGUGACUGCCUACAGCCCUUUGGGUUCCUCUGAUCGUGCCUGGCGCCAUCCUGAUGAGCCUGUCCUGCUUGAGGAACCAGUGGUCCUGGCACUGGCUGAAAAAUAUGGGCGCUCUCCAGCUCAGAUCCUGCUGAGGUGGCAGGUUCAGAGGAAAGUAAUCACCAUCCCCAAAAGUAUCACUCCUUCUCGUAUCCUUCAGAACAUUCAGGUAUUUGAUUUCAGCUUUAGCCCAGAGGAGAUGAAGCAGCUAGAUGCCUUGAACAAAAAUUGGCGCUACAUUGUGCCCAUGAUUACGGUAAGGAUAUGUAGCCAUUCAGGGUCAGGGAAUGGGGUGGGGUGGCCCAGGUCUGGCCUCAGGCUUGCUGGUUGGAAGAAGGACAGCAUAUUGGAGGGAUUGCCACCCCAAAUAUAGUACUCUUUUCCUCUCUUCCUUCUCUCCUCCUUCCC